AUGAGUGAGACGGAGGAAAAGCUCGGCAUGAGAGAGAAUGAAAACAUACCGAGAGACGAAGAGGAGGCGUGCGACGGUCAGGGGUGGCUUGGGGUGUCCGGCGAUGAUAUCAGUGCAGGUGGUAAUGGCGUGGAAGAGCUGACGGCUUGUGGAGGAGUCAUGCCAAACGGAAGGGUCAUGCUCUGCUAUAUCCACCUUGAUUUCCAUAAGGAACUGAGUGAUAGUGGUGCGGAGGAGCUAAGUGGUCUGAGGAACCUGGAGGAAGCCACCAGUGUUGGAAUAUGCUUGCCUGUUGAUAAUUUCACAUAUCGUCAGAUUGCUCUAAGCAAGUACUGUUGGAAUGAAUAUUCAUUUAUAAACCCAGUCAUCAAUUUUCUCGUCAGCAAUGGAGCACCACUUGUAGUCAAUGUGUAUCCCUACUUUGCCUAUACCCUGGACCCUCGAAGCAUUUCCCUUCCAUAUGCCUUGUUUACUUCUCCAAGGGUUGUGGUCACAGACCCAGAAGGUAAUCGUGGGUACCAGAAUCUUUUUGUUGCAUUGUUAGAAGCUCAGCACUCUGCUCUUGAGAAAGCUGUUGCACCUAAUCUGCAAAUCGUUGUAUCAGAGAGCGGUUGGCCAUCAGAAGGGGGUGAUGCAGCAAGCGUAGAAAAUGCAGGCACUUUCUACAAGAAUUUUAUUAAUCUUGUGAAGAAUGGGACUCCAAAGAGGCCUGGACAAGCAAUAGAAACUUAUAUAUUGCUCUAA